AUGCAGAAUCUUCGAAGUGGCUAUCGGCAAAUGAGUAGUAGCACCGACCGUCAACUGCAGGACCGAACCCCACGUCGCAAUGUGAGCGGUAGCGCCGUGCCGAAGGGGGCGCACCUUUUUGGUUCUGCACGGUUUAGACGUAUUCAACAAACAGGAAUCAGAGGAGAUGCUUCGAGGGAUAAUCAAACUAUUCGUGGGCCGAUGAAUAGCACCACGAAGCGCCGAGUUUGUAGUGCAUGUCGCGUAUCUGGUAGUGAUCCUGUGGCUUCCAGCAGCUAUCACUCCGACACCAGUUCGUCCAGUGCCACUCGUGCACUUGACCGUCUGUUGAAAACUGCACGUUCUCCGACACGACAUCCAAACAGUAAACGUCGCACGAACGACAAAAGAACGGUUCAGUUAAUGGCUCGAUCACCAAGUGCCAAUCGUCUUAUUCCUCGUCCUAACAUGACAAAGCCGGCGCGUAACGAAGAACAUACUGCUGGUCUUGUAGAACCAGAGCAUGAUAGUAGACUGCUGGCUCCUGUUAACCAACUUUCUACACAGCAAAGUUCUGCUGCAAGGGGCGUUGCGGUACAACCCUCUGCGCAGCGUAGAGCUAACCAUGGGCCACCCCAUCCACGUUCUUCAGUAAUACUUAUUACUCCUGUAAAAAGAGGACGUGGAGAUGGUACACCGUUGCGUGGAUUCCGCACAGAGUUGCGACGCUAUCCCAUUCCUACGGGUUCUACUCCUACUCAUCGACCUCUCACGGCCUUUAAGGAAUUUCGUUUUCACCAGAAAGUUCCUCAAAAUGUCGGUGACUUGAAAUUAAAACGGGUACGAUUCGUUUUUGAAAUUCCUUUUUAA